ACGAAAAUGAAAAUUAUGAAGCCUUUGUCACCCACUUCAAGGAGCAGUUGUCACUGUACCAGAAAGUUUGCAUCAUCACGCUGGUUGAACAGGCUGGCAAGGAGCAUGUCAUAGGAGAUGCUUAUUUGUCCCAUGUCCUGAGGUUCAACUCUCCUAACCUGACCUAUGUCACAUUUGAUUUCCAUGAGUACUGUCGAGGCAUGCGGUUUGAGAAUGUAUCUAUUCUCACUGACGGAAUUAAAGAUGUGAUCAAAGAAAUGAGGUAUUGCUGGGUGGACAAUAAAGGUGUCAUAUGUGAACAACAAGGUGUCUUCCGGGUCAACUGUGUGGACUGUCUGGACCGGACAAAUGUGGUUCAGACUGCAAUAGCCAGGAUUGUCAUGGAAACACAAUUCAGGAAGUUGGGUCUGCUGCCACCGGAAGAAUCUCUACCAGGAAGCUGUCGGAGGACCUAUCAACAAAUCUGGGCCAACAAUGGUGAUGUCAUUAGCAGACAGUACGCUGGCACAGCAGCACUCAAGGGUGACUUCACCCGCACUGGCGAGCGGAAGUUGUCAGGCAUGAUGAAGGAUGGAGUCAACUCUGCUAACAGAUACUACCUGAGGUUCCGAGAUGCCUACAGACAAGCAGCAAUAGAUCUCACUUUAGGACAACCUGGAAUAGAGAAAGAGGAGAAUGUCAAGAUGAUGAUUGAAGAUUGCAAGAGGAUGCUCAUUGUAGAGCCUGAACAUUGUCUCGGAGGGUGGGCAUUGAUCAAUGCUGACCCAGUGGCAGGGGACAGUGAGCAGCAGGAUAUGGACAUAAUCCUUCUCUUAAGUCAGAGGUCGGAGCUAGUCAGCAGAUACCAGCGGAUAUACCUGGAGGACAUAGACAAGAUUGAAAUCGGCAUGGAACCAGCUGUGUUCAAGUCUAGGUAUCCAGUCUUGAGAAUGACCUAUCAUCAUGGGGCAGAGGAAGGACUCUUUCACAUGUUCAGAGUUCCCACCAUAAGGUUCUUCAACAACAAAGCCACUGCAGUUGUCUCCCAGGAUGAGGCUAAAGAAUCCUUAAGAAUCAUUGCAGACGCCUUCAGAUGCGCUCAGGAGAUGAUGUCUCUGAAGCUAGAAAUAGUUGAAAAACCAAAACUCGAGAAAAAAAAGAGUAUGCCACAUCCUGGUGUCAUGGAUGUUCAUCAACAGUUACAGGAGAAUUCCCUUGCUGGCAUCAGACUUCCACGAGAUGUCUCAGCCUAUAUGGAUUCAUCAAGUCAAUUAGAAGAGUCAAAUGACACAAGACAUCUGGACACAUCAGCCCUGUCAGUCCCAAGAUCCAAGUCUCCUUUGGAAUUCCUCAAUGUUCUGCCCAGUUUCCCCAAGUCGGCCUUGCCAUCAUUUAGCGCAGCUGUUAAUCCACUCAAGUUUUCUAUCCCCAAACCAAAUCUCAAAGAGAAUCUUCAGCAGUUAAAUCUGAUGAGAAAAAUGAAGCUGAAUAAAGAUUUAGGUAACAGUGAGGUGAGAAAUAUAGAUCAAUUUGGCAAUGAUCAUAGAGGUGUGAACAUCAAAAGUGAGCAGAAACCAGCUCUGAUUCUGAAAGAUGAAGAUAACAAAGAGGUGGUCCUGGAUAGCUGUGGGAUCCUAGCCACCAGUCCUAGCCAAGUUCUCAUAUCUUCAAUGCACCUGAAAGCUGAAAGCAAACGAAAGUCCUCUGUGGUGGACUUGGUAUCAUCUCCACAUUCUGUCAGAUCACAUACUAGCCAAGCCAACAGCAGCGUAAGCGAAGGAUCUCGUUUUAAUUUUCACACUGACUCUGUUGGAGAUGCAAAUAUCAAUAGACAGACUUCUUCAACAUUAACUGAUGAUUCGUCAGAUUAUGAUGUGGCCAUUGCUGGACAUUUUGAGGAGGGUGAUAACACAGAUAUGCAGAAUGCUGUGGGAACUACAGUAGAAGAGGUUCCACAAGUUGAAUUUGACACAAUUUCUGAAAAUGGCCCAAAUGAGGAUGAUGAAGAAUAUUGUCUCAUGGAAAAUGAAGAGGUUAGGGCGAUCCUCGACAAGUGCCAUCAGCUGCAUCAUCCUCUGAUGAAGACCUCGAUAAGUGACACAUCCCUCAGCGUAAGCUCAGUACAAGAAGCACUGAUGCAGCCAAGUAUUGCUCAGAAGGAUUCUGGACUGGUAUCUUUGUUCAAGUCAAAAAUGGCAGGUUUUUCAAAGACAUCUCCUGGAAGGUCACCAGACCCAGUCUUUUCCAAAACUCAUAUCAGAAAAAGUCAGCGGGCCAUGGAAGUGUUUGAGAAGCUCAUUAAAGAAAAGUUGCCAGAUGAGGAAUGCAAAUCUUGUUUCAUAUUCAUUUAA